AUGUCGGACUCGAAAUAUUUUACAACGACGAAGAAGGGGGAAAUUUUCGAAUUGAAAUCAGAAUUAAACAAUGAUAAGAAAGAAAAGAAAAAGGAAGCUGUAAAGAAGGUGAUUGCGUCGAUGACUGUGGGUAAAGAUGUAUCAGCAUUAUUCCCCGAUGUCGUCAACUGCAUGCAGACAGAUAAUUUAGAGUUAAAGAAACUUGUGUAUCUUUAUCUAAUGAAUUAUGCGAAGAGCCAACCUGAUAUGGCUAUCAUGGCAGUUAACACAUUCGUAAAGGACUGUGAGGAUCCAAAUCCACUGAUUCGUGCAUUGGCUGUACGAACUAUGGGCUGCAUUCGUGUCGACAAAAUAACAGAAUAUCUUUGUGAACCAUUGAGAAAAUGUCUGAGGGACGAGGAUCCGUAUGUAAGAAAAACAGCAGCCGUUUGCGUUGCUAAAUUGUACGAUAUUAACGCUGGAUUGGUUGAAGACCAAGGAUUUUUGGAUCAAUUGAAAGAUCUUUUAUCAGAUAGUAAUCCAAUGGUUGUAGCUAAUGCUGUGGCUGCGCUGUCAGAGAUCAAUGAAGCCAGUCCUAGUGGACAACCACUUGUUGAAAUGAAUGCGCAGACAAUAAAUAAAUUGUUGACUGCUCUUAAUGAAUGUACUGAAUGGGGACAAGUUUUUAUUUUAGAUUCUUUAGCUAAUUAUUCACCGAAGGAUGAUCGUGAAGCUCAAAGUAUUUGUGAGCGUAUAACUCCACGAUUAGCUCAUGCCAAUGCUGCAGUUGUUUUAUCAGCAGUCAAGGUUCUCAUGAAGCUCAUGGAAAUGUUACAAUCAGAAUCAGAUUUUGUAGCUACACUGACUAAAAAAUUGGCACCCCCAUUGGUAACUCUUCUCAGUUCCGAGCCAGAAGUUCAGUAUGUUGCUUUGAGAAACAUUAAUUUGAUUGUUCAAAAGCGUCCAGACAUUUUAAAACACGAAAUGAAAGUAUUUUUCGUUAAAUACAACGACCCAAUUUAUGUUAAAUUAGAAAAACUAGACAUUAUGAUUAGAUUAGCAUCUCAAGCUAACAUUGCACAAGUUUUAUCGGAAUUGAAAGAAUACGCUACUGAAGUUGACGUUGACUUUGUAAGAAAAGCUGUCAGAGCUAUUGGAAGAUGCGCAAUAAAAGUUGAACCAUCUGCUGAGCGAUGUGUGUCUACACUGUUAGAUCUUAUUCAAACAAAAGUGAAUUACGUCGUUCAAGAAGCUAUUGUUGUUAUAAAAGAUAUUUUCCGUAAAUAUCCAAACAAAUAUGAGAGUAUAAUCUCGACUCUUUGUGAGAAUCUCGAUACUUUAGAUGAACCAGAAGCACGUGCGUCAAUGAUCUGGAUUAUUGGAGAAUACGCGGAGCGUAUUGAUAAUGCUGACGAGUUAUUAGAAAGUUUCUUAGAAGGUUUCCAUGAUGAAAAUACUCAAGUACAGUUGCAACUUUUGACUGCAAUUGUAAAACUUUUCUUGAAACGUCCAACUGAUACCCAAGAAUUGGUACAGCAAGUCUUGAGUCUCGCGACACAGGAUUCUGAUAAUCCAGAUCUUCGUGACCGUGGAUUCAUUUACUGGCGGUUGUUGAGUACAGAUCCCGCAGCUGCUAAAGAAGUUGUACUCGCUGAAAAACCAUUGAUUUCCGAAGAAACAGAUUUACUAGAGCCCACGCUACUUGAUGAACUUAUUUGUCAUAUUUCAAGUCUCGCGUCAGUUUAUCAUAAACCACCGUCUGCCUUUGUCGAGGGUAGAUCAGCUGGAGCCAGAAAAUCAUUGCCAGCUAGAAAUAGUACUAAUAAUGAUGAAGCUAGAAGUCAACCAGCAGCUCAAGUUAUUCCAGCUCAAGAUUCUCUCAUUGGAGAUCUUCUCAGUAUGGAUAUCGGUGGACCACCGAUUGUUCCACCAGCACCUGUAGCUUCAACAGGUUUAGAUCUUUUGGGAGACGGUUUGGAGGGAAUACUUGGUGGAACAGACACUUCAGCACCAGCUGUUUCUCAAACAACGACAGGUCUUCUUGGUGACAUAUUUGGAUUCAAUCAAGCUGUCACUUCCUAUGUACCUCCCAAAGUUAAUUGGCUUCCAGCUGAGAAAGGAAAAGGUUUUGAUAUUUGGGGUACUUUCUCAAGAAAGAACGGACAAAUUAGUAUGGAUAUGACAUUCACAAAUAAAGCGAUGCAAGCAAUGGGUGGUUUUGCUAUUCAAUUGAAUAAAAAUAGCUUUGGACUUACUCUUUCUGCUCCUCUUCAAGUACCAGCUCCUCUGGGUCCUGGCUCAAGCGUAGAAGUUAAUGUGAUACUUACAACAACUGGUGCAGUUCAACGAAUGGAUCCAUUGAACAAUCUUCAAGUUGCUAUUAAAAAUAAUAUUGAUGUGUUUUAUUUUGCUUGUCUUGUUCCCAUGCAUAUUUAUUUCACGGAAGACGGCCAAUUAGACAAAAGAGUAUUUCUGUCAACAUGGAAAGACAUUCCAGCUCAAAAUGAGGUUCAAUAUACACUUAAUGGAGUAUUACUGACAGCUGAUCAAGUAGUACAAAAAAUGCAACAAAGUAAUGUUUUUACUAUCGCUAAAAGAAAUGUUGAAGGUCAAGACAUGCUCUAUCAAUCUCUGAAACUAACGAAUAAUGUUUGGGUGCUUAUUGAAUUAAAAUUCGAACCAGGAAAUCCAGAUGUUACAUUGUCAUUGAAAUCACGUUCCGUAGAAGUAGCAGGAGGCGUUUUCCAAGCUUACAAUGCUAUUUUACACUCAUAA